CACUUUGUUCCCAAAUCCGCCCUUGUUCCUCUCUCCUCCAAAGCCGCUCAAAGACAGAUGACACAAAUUAAAAAUAUGAAAUAAAAAAUAGAAAUUUAUCCUCAAAACCCAAAUCCCUCUCCUUCAAUUAUCUCCUUCUCCCAUUAUUUCUUCAAAAAAAAAUUUUUUUUUUCUUGUUUUGAAUUUUGUAUGUCAGAUAGAAGAGAAUCUAUACAAGAAACAGAGGAUACUGAUGACGAUGAUCAAAUUCAACAAGAGCAGCAGCAGCAGCAGCAACCAAAGAAGAAGAAGAAGAAGGAAGAGAAAGAAAGCAGAAAUGGGUUUGAGAGAAAGUUGAGCGGAGUAAAGAAUCUGGUGAUGCGUCCAUUGAUCAAAUUUGAGAAGGUCUGCACGAGGAAGAAGAGGAGGCCACCCCCUGCUCCUUUCCCUUACUCUGAGGAUUUUGGUAAGGGUUGUCAUCCUCAUCUCUGUUUUGUUCAGCCUAGGGUUGAUGACUCGCCCCCUUUGAGACCGAACCCAGAUCGUAAAACCUCAUCUUAUCAUGAUUUCUUGAGGAAUUUCAUCGAAAGCAAUGAUUUUUACUCUCCUGAGUGUAAUGUUCAUAGAGGGAAGUAGUUGGCGGUUGUUUUCUGCAUUAUGGAUGUAACUGAUUGAGGGAGGAGGGUUUCGGUUGUUGAGAUUGAUCCGGGCUUGCUUCAAAAUCUGAUCUUGAUGGAUGCUUGGGUUGGUGGUUGUGAAUUGGAUUCUUGAUUGGGUUCUGUUGUGGAUUUUUCAGUGUAGAAGCUGGUUUUCUUUUUCCAAUUGAUACCUGUAAAUUUAUUCUCUUUCCGGAUGUUGUACUUACAAUGUAAAAGAGUUUUCCAACAUUUUCUGUCUGAAACUGGUAUUUUUUCGAGGGUUAUACCA